AUGAACGGCACACAAACAUCCAAUGGCGUCCAUCACGGCGUGUUACAUCUGGAUGCGCUGAUUAUUGGCUCGGGCUUCUCCGGCAUAUACCUCCUGCAUAAGAUACGCGACGAGCUGAAAUUGAGCGUCAAGAUAUUUGAAGCCGAGUCGGAUAUUGGUGGAACGUGGAAUAAUAACCGCUAUCCGGGUGCACGAGUGGACUGCCCAAUUCCCUUGUAUGCAUAUUCAUCGCCUAAGAUAUGGCAGUCGUGGAAUUGGACGGAGCUGUACCCCAAUCAGAAGGAAAUCAAGUCCUACUUUGACCAUGUUGAUCGCGUGCUGGAUGUGCGGAAAGAUUGUCUGUUUGAGUCAAGGGUCAAUGAGGCCACGUUUGAUGAGGUGGCUGGUCGAUGGACGGUCCGGACAACGGAUGGGAAGAUGGCAACGGCGAAGUAUCUGCUUGUGGCGGUGGGGUUUGCAUCCAAGUCGUAUCUGCCGGAUUGGAAAGGGCUCGAAUCGUUCCAGGGGACAAUUUACCACUCAGCCCAUUGGCCGGAAGCAGAAGAGGUCAAUGUGAAAGGGAAGAAGGUGGCAGUCAUCGGCACAGGCUCGACAGGCAUCCAGAUAUUCCAAGAAUGGGCCAAAGAGGCCGAGGAGGCGUUUCUCUUCCAAAGGACCCCGAAUCUCUGUCUCCCGAUGAGACAGCAGGAGUUACAUGCUGGCUAUCAGGUGAAAGAUAAGGGGGACUAUGCAGACUACUUGGCCGAGUGUGCGUUAACCUUUGCCGGGCUGGAGUAUCAGCCCACUCUGACCAAUACAUUUGAUGCAUCUGAAGCGGAGAGGGAGGCGUUCUGGGAGAAUCUCUAUCAGUUGGGCGGGUUUAGGUUCUGGCAAAACAACUAUCAGGACUUCCUGACUAGCCUUGACGCCAAUCGCGAGGCAUACAAUUUCUGGGCUCGAAAGACCCGUGCGAGGAUUCAGGACCCUAAGAAGCGGGACCUUCUGGCUCCGCUGGAGCCCCCGUACCCGUUUGGAACGAAGAGGCCAUCCCUUGAACAGGACUUCUACGAGCAGUUCAACAAGUCGAAUGUCCAUAUCGUUGACACAAAGAGCCAGCCCAUUGUUGGUGUGACGCCUACCGGCAUUGUCACCGCUAAUGGAAAGGUCCACGAAGUCGAUAUUAUCGCGGUGGCAACGGGCUUUGAUGCAGUAACUGGUGGCUUACUGCGCCUAGGUCUCAAAGACGUGAACGGUGUCGGCCUCGACGAACGCUGGAAGGAUGGCAUGUCCACCUAUCUCGGCAUGGCCAUUAGCGGGUUCCCAAACAUGUUCCUCCCAUACAGCCUCCAGGCGCCCACCGCUUUCGCCAAUGGACCGACGCUAAUUGAACUCCAGGGGGACUGGAUCACAUCCCUGAUCAGCAAGAUGGAGACGGAAAACGUCGGAAGUGUCACGGCUACCCCUCAGGCAGAGAGUGCUUGGAAUGACGAGGUUAAUAUGAUUACCAACAUGACGCUUUUGCCGUUAACUGAUUCGUGGUACAUGGGAUCCAACAUACCGGGCAAGCCCGUUCAAUCGUUGAACUAUCUUGGUGGUCUUCCAACCUAUCGUGAGAGAUGUGCGAAGGUUCUUGAUGAGGAUUUCUUCGGUUUUUCGAAAGCAUGA